GGGUGGGCUGUGGGUGUCCCCCUGAUUUGAAGGGUACCGGGGGGCUCUGCCCCGCUCAGCCCGGCCCCGGGGCUUGCAGCGGGGCAAGGUCCAACCCUACCGGGGGCAGGAUGCGGUCCCAAUGCUGCCAAACCCGCUGGGCUGGCCGGUGUGUGCGGGGACACGGGUGCCUUGGCACGGCUGGUGGGGGGCUUCGGGGGCCGAGCCCCCACCCAGGACGCGUGGCCGGCACCCACCUCCACGCUGCGUGACAUCGCCGUGUCCUCGUGUGUGUCCCUUGUCCAGGGGACAGCAAAACCCCCGCUGCGUGGCCUGGGAACGGCCCGUCCCGGGGGGGCUUUGGGGACCCCUUGGUGGGGUCACACCUGGGGGCCAGCUCUGUCCGCUGGGGCUGGGCUGGGCUGGCCCCACUCCUCCCCUUGUGCAAACAGCGGUGGGGUGGACAAGGGCGCUGCUGGCACUGCACUGACCUAAAAAUGUGGCACAAGGGCUGGGCUGGCACGUCCCGUGCUGCCGUGUCCCUGCUGCGGCCACCGCGGCACUGCUCUGCUCGUCCCCCACGCCACCAAGCCCGUGAUGCGAUGCCUUCGGAGGCUCCAGCCCUACCCAGGCCUGGAGUUUGGGGAUCAGAUAUUAAUUAAACCCUCAUUUUGUGCUCCUCUGUGCCUGAUAAACCCACCUGGAGAAUGAGCUGGGCAGGUGCCGCUAUCCCCCCAAGCCCUGCCUGCUCCCCCCCGAGCCCUGCGGCGUCCCUGCUGCCCAGCUCUCUCCUCCACGCCGUAGGGAUCGAGCCUGGCACAAUUAACACCAGCCCAGCACCGCACACCUCGGGAAUGACAGCGUCACGGUCCUGGGCCAGCUCACCCACGGCUGCCACCACGGGGACACACAACGCGUCCUCAGCCAACUCCUCUGCGUCGGCCAGCGUGGGGACAACCUGGCCGGGGAUGCUGCACCCGGACACGUCCUCUCCGCUCAGCAAAGGGAACACGACAGUACACACACCGCCACCCAGCUCGGCCACGGCUCCCACCCUACGUGGGACCCCAAAAGCACCGUCAUCCAUUCCUCUGGCCAUGACAUUGGGCUCACCGACGUCCCCAGCUCCAGCCACGUCGGUGCCACCCACCACGACCACGGGGGCCGACACGAACACGUCCCUGCCCAGCUCGACCGCAGCACCAAGCCCGUCCUUGUCGGGGCACCCCGAGCCCACUCCUGCUCCCAGCUCUCCUGCUGCGCCCACCGUGAGCCCUGCUCCCAGCUCAGCGCCAGCCCCCGGCCCCAGCAACGCCUCGGCCCCCAGCCCCAGCACAGCACCCAUCAUCGGCCCCAGCCUUGGGGCUGGCCCCUCAGCGCAGCCCCCCACCAAACCCAACCCCGGCCUGGUCGUCAUCAUCUGCCUCUUCGUCGCGGUGCUGGUGGGGGCCGCGGCGCUGCUGCUGGUGCGGCUGUGCCGCUGCGGGACCCCCCGCUUCCAGCGGCUGGACGAGGUGCCCAUGAGCAAGGUGUCGGAGGGCUUCCCCUUCGCCCAGCACCCCCCCAGAUGACCCCACGCUGACGAAUAAAGAAGCUGCUGCCUUGA